GAAACUCCGGACAGUGAAGUUCACCACACUUUCAUUAGCUCUCUCCAUCCUUUCUGCUUCUGCUGUGUAAUCUGAUAGCACAGUGCUGCUGAGUGUGAGGAGCCAGCAGCAAAGCUCUGAGUGUCUCCCUCAGUGAAAACAGGGCGAGCACACUCUCUGCCUGCCUGAAAACGGGACGGAACAGAGCGAAACUGGACCAAAAUGAGACUUUUGUGGACUUUUCUGUUGGUGAAGACACUGCUGACAGCUGUCUUCAGUGCCCCACCUCGCUGUCAACCGGGAAACUACUUUAGAGGACAUUGCAAAGCUACGAAAGAUGAAAAACCCAAAUGUGCAGACAUCACACUGUCCUACUGCGAUGACAUGCCCUACACCAAGACCAAGUUCCCCAACAUCCUGGACCACAGGAAUCGUGAGGAGGUGGAGACGAGCACAGAGUAUCUGCUGAUGAGUGUGGUCGACUCGCUGCUGAAAGGAGAGUGUUCUCCAGACAUCCGCAUGCUGGGCUGUUCUGUGGUAGCACCAAGCUGUGAGAACUAUAAGAUCCUAAAGCCCUGUCGCAGCACCUGCGAGUCUGUGCACAAAGCUUGUGCACGUGCUUUUGAGAGCAUUAACAUGGCCUGGCCGUACUUCUUAGACUGUGACCGCUUUUUCGUCAGUGAAGAGGAGGGUUGUUAUGACCCCCUGGAAGGCCUGAGAGAGAGGCAUGAAGUGAUGGACAGUCCUACAACAAUGGAGCCCUCAACAAUAAUCCAGUUCACCCAUCACUCCAAUACACAGAUGUUCAACAUCCUGAAGAAGACUGCUGAACAGUGUUCCCACAUUUCUAGAACAUACAGCAUCGGACAGAGUGUUGAAAGGAGAGACUUGCUGGUAAUCGAGUUUUCAAACAACCCUGGAGAACAUGUAUUACUGGAGCCAGAGGUCAAGUACAUUGGGAACAUGCAUGGAAAUGAAGCCAUGGGCAGAGAGCUACUGAUUUACUUGGCUCAGUACCUGUGCUCCGAGUACCUGCUGGGAAACAGCCGGAUCCAGACUCUCAUCAACACCACACGCAUCCACAUUCUGCCUUCUAUGAACCCUGACGGCUACGAAUUAGCCUAUUCUGAAUUACAGAGUGGUUUUGACACAGAUUAUGAUGAGGAUGCUGGAUUCAGUUGGCAAAUAGGUGGCCGCUACAAUGCCCAGAACAUAGACCUCAACCGGAACUUCCCAGACUUGACUUCCCUUGUUUAUAAUCGGCGUAGGCUCAAGCGCUUCCGCAGUGAUCAUAUUCCCAUUCCUGACUCUUACUGGCUUGGUAAGGUUGCCCCAGAGACAUAUGCUGUUAUGAAGUGGAUACGAUCUAUUCCAUUUGUCCUGUCAGCUAAUUUUCACGGGGGAGAUCUGGUGGUGUCCUACCCAUAUGACUUCUCAAAGCAUCCACUGGAAACUAACAUGUUCUCUCCGACUCCAGAUGAGCAGGUAUUCAAGCAGAUAGCCAGAACAUAUGCAAAUGCUCAUGCCACAAUGUCAAACCACGACACAGACAGGUGCGGCGCCAACUUUGUUGAUAAAGGGGGCAUUGUGAAUGGGGCUGAAUGGUACAGCAUAGCAGGAGGUAUGGCAGACUUCAAUUACCUUCACACUAACUGUUUUGAGAUAACAGUUGAACUGGGCUGUGACAAAUUUCCAGUCGAGGAGGACCUACAUACAGGCUGGGAGGAAAAUAAAGAAGCUCUUCUCACUUAUUUGGAGUCGGUGCAUAAGGGAAUAAAAGGUUUUGUGAAAGAUGAAGAUGGACGUGGCAUUAAACGAGCCACUGUGUCGGUCAAAGGGAUCAGGCAUGACAUCACAACAGCUGAAAAAGGCGAUUACUGGAGACUGCUGACACCCGGAAUCCAUAUUGUGACCGCCUCAGCUCCAGGCUACACCAAAGCCAUGAAGAGGGUCCACCUCCCUAAACACAUGAGGAAAGCUGGAAGAGUGGACUUCAUACUUAAAAAGGCUCCAUUAGAUCAAGACCUUGAUGACUUCCUGAUCCCAUCCAUGGGCAGUUAUGACCGAUUUGACCCCUAUAACCAGCUGGAGCGCUAUAGUAUGAGACAAUCUGGGCAGGAAGAGGAGAGGCAGGAGAAGCCCUGGUGGUGGGGCUACUUUGCUCGAUCUAGUAGCCAAAACCCCUCCUGGCUCCUGAGAAACUAGCACCAUCUACUGGUCUGACAGUAUCUUUCACAGUAUCAAACGUCUACACAAAUAAUUGCACCAGUUUUUUUUGCCAGAGAAGCCAAAAUCAAACCUAUAUUGUUGUACCACAAAUGCAUGGUUAUCAAAGUUUUAGUGUUGUCUUUCAAUCUGCCAACUCCUUGUGCCAGAAGGAAUUUGUAAUACAUUUUUAUAUUCACAGCAGGUUCACCUCACAUUCCCUAAAAGGUAAGAUCACAGGAUACAUUGCAAUGUGCUCUAGUAUACUGCCGUAUGUUGUAAAUAGAAUAUAUUGGAAUAUAUUUUCAGUAUGUUAUAUUUUUGUACGGGACCUGCACAGUUUCAUAGCCUAAAUAGUUGUGCAAAAGAAAAAAAAGAAAAAACAAACAAA